ACACAUUUUCAAACACUCAACUCAACCUAGAGCGGCCCCCGCCCCCCACACCCCCCCGGCGGGAAAAACAAUACAUUUUCACACUCAAAAUGCCACGGCUACGCUCCUCUCCUUUCUUCCACCUCCUUUCUCUAUCCCUCUUUUCACUACUUCUGCUAACCUCUGGUGCUGCUGCAUCAUCCUCCUCAUCAUCCUCUUCAGCAUGCAAGUCCACCCUCUACCCAAAGCUCUGCCGUUCGAUGCUCUCCACCAUUCGCUCCUCACCGUCCGAUCCCUACAGCUACGGCAAGUUCUCCAUCAAACAAUGCCUGAAACAGGCACGCAAAACCUCCACAACAAUUAACCACUUCCUUGGAAAAACCAAGCACAAGUCGUAUUUCAUAAGCGACAGCGAGUCAAACGCGCUGGAGGACUGCCAGCAUUUCUCGGAGCUGAACGUGGAGCACUUGGAGGCGAUCUCGACAGAGCUCAAGUCCGCCGAGACGCUGAACGAGGAACUGGUGGACAAGGUGCAGACGUUGCUGAGCGGCAUUGUGACCAACCAGCAGACUUGUUACGAUGGGCUUGUGGUGUCUAAGAGCAGCGUUUUGGGAAACACCACGGCUCUGGCCGUGGCCUUCUCUAAUGUUACGCAGCUCUAUAGUGUGUCGCUUGGGUUGGUCACGCAUUCCUUGGCUCGUAAUCUCAAAAAGCAUAAGAAAGGCAGUGAGGGCUCCGGCACCAAAAAUGUGCACAAAUUCCGGGUAUCACUUGAAACUUUCAUUAAGGCACUUCGGAAAAGUUCUGGCAAAAACUCGACGACUUCCGAAAGAGGUGAGAGGAUUCUUGAAGAAAUGGAGAGCAGUGGCAUUCUGGUUAACGACACAGUGAUUGUGGGUCCAUAUGGGACGGACAACUUUACAUCGAUCGGAGAUGCUAUUACUUCUGCUCCCGAGAAGUUGAAGCCUGAAGAUGGCUACUUUGUGAUCUAUGUUAGAGGAGGAUGCUAUCAUGAGUACAUUGUCAUCGCCAAACACAAGACUAACAUAAUGCUGCUCGGAGAUGGUAUUAAUAGCACUGUCAUUACCGGAAACCAUAGUUUCGUCGAUGAUUGGACUACCUUCAACUCCUCAACCUUUGCUGUUUCUGCGGAACGAUUUGUGGCCGUAGAUAUUACAUUCAGGAACACUGCAGGUCCAGAAAAGCACCAAGCGGUAGCUGUAAGAAACAAUGCUGACCUCUCCACAUUUUACAGGUGCAGCUUCGAAGGCUAUCAGGACACUCUAUACGUACAUUCCCUGAGGCAGUUCUAUAAGGAAUGUGACAUAUAUGGAACUGUAGAUUUCAUUUUUGGAAAUGCUGCUGCUGUCUUCCAGAGUUGCAAUUUAUACGCUCGAAAACCGAUGCCCAACCAGAAAAACGCCUUCACAGCCCAAGGACGAACUGACCCGAAUCAGAACACCGGAAUCUCCAUCCACAACUGCACAAUUGAAGCUGCGCCAGACUUGGCAGCGGACCUCAACUCCACGUUAAAUUUUCUGGGAAGGCCUUGGAAGGUGUUUUCUAGGACUGUCAUCAUGCAGUCUUAUAUUGGCUCUCUGAUCAGCUCAGUUGGAUGGUUGGAAUGGAAUGGGACGGUUGGAUUGGACACACUGUUUUACGGUGAGUUUCAGAAUCACGGGCCGGGGGCAAACACGACGAAGAGAGUACAAUGGCCUGGUUAUAGUCUGAUGAAUGCUACUCAAGCCUUGAAUUUCACUGUCAGUAAUUUCACAUUGGGUGAUACUUGGUUGCCCGACACCGAUAUACCCUUCUAUGGAGGGUUGCUGAAUUAGAGAAUUAUUAAAACUUCUCAACUUCCAAGUGAAAAUUAAUACUAUUUCUACUGAUUAUUGUAUUUAGUACUGUUAAAAACUUUUUAAUUAUUCAUUGGCUUAAUUUCAUUCCAACUU